AUGUCUGAAGGAACAAGACAGAAUGAGACUGAAAAUCUACAAAGUAUCUCAAGCAUAAUAUCAGUCGAACAAGAUCAAGAUCAACAUUUGGAACAUCUUUCACAGCUACAACUACUCCAGGAACUUCCAAAGCCGAAGAAAAGAGCCUGCGAUAGAUGUCAUGAAAUAAAGCAAGUUUGUACGGGAAGUGUGCCAUGUGAAAGGUGUGCCAGAAUGAGCAUUAAGUGCGUGUUGGAUAGGCCAUUGAAAAAAAUUGGUAGACCUCAAAGAGGAGAUAGAGAUCUGUCUUAUUCUCCUAGAAGCAACUCUUUGAUACCUCUGAGUGAUCGCAGAAAUGGCAAACUUGAGAAGAGAACUGGAAUACGCCACUCGAAAUCGGCCUGUGAAGCAUGUAGAAAGAGAAAGAGAAAAUGUGAUGAAAGUUGGCCCAAUUGUGGCUAUUGUACCAAACUGAAUUUGGAAUGUUCGGGGCCUACUGUGCGUAAGAGGAAGCCAAAGGCUAAAUCUUCAAGAUUAGACCCAUUGUUGCAAAGGAAGGCUGAGAUCAGCUUGUCAAUACAAUCUGCUUCUAGUUCGACAUCACUAAUAAGCAGUCUCUCAGUUGAUGAUAGUUCAGCUUCGCCCCAUUUUGACAAUCCCAACGAUGGAAAUUGUUCCGAGACUACAGUUCUGCUGCAAACAAGUUCCACGGAACAGAAAUCUUCAGAACCUAUUAGGGAUAGAUGUGUAAAGGAGACUCAUAACAUUCCAGUUUCACCAGCUGCUUUUAUGUCGACUGAUACCUUUCUUAACAACGACAUUACAUUAUUAAACAUGGAUAAAAAAACAAAUACAGGGGCGGAAUCUUCACCUAUGAACAGUACUUGCAGCAGUAAUGAUGCACUAUUUUCUGAUUUGUUUAGAAGAGAUAACGACGAUGGCGACGAUAAUAUUACCAGUUCCAUUAUAGAUCAGGAUUUAAGAAAUUUUGGUCUAAUUCUCGCGAACAAUCUGAAUAAUCCUGAGAGUAGCGAGGCCAAUAUUAAUAACGAGAGUAUCAACAAUAGUAGUGAUAAUAUUACUAGAAAACGUAUGGCCAUUUCUAGAUCUGAUACCCCUGGUCCAAUUCAAUUACACAAAUCAACAUCCAUCAAAUAUCACCAAUUGUUUGAGAACAUGAAUCAAAUCAGUAAUAGUAUAUGCUUGAGUCUUUUGAAUAACAUUGUAAUGGAAAACAACAUUUCUGUAAAGGAGAGAUUUUUGUUAAAGUAUUUUGUUACUGACGUAUCAUUCACCAUAUUUGCUGACGAGACCUCUAAUGCAUUCAUGAGCACUAUUAUCCCUAUCUCAUUGAAAGAUAAGAGGGUCAGAGAUCCAAUUUUGGCCAUUGCUUCGGCUCACAGGGCAGGUAAUGAUAUAAAAUUCUUUAGAGACGCUGUCUUGUAUCGUUCAAGUUCUCAUGCUACAUUGCUUGGGAGCACUUCUCAAGUAGAGUACUACUUUUCUGAUGAAAUCUUACUAUCAAUCUUGUUGAGUGGAAUCAUGGAAAUAUUGAAUGGAUCGUCUUUAGGUUGGUCUGUUUUAUUAGAAAAAGCAUCUGAGAUCACAAAAUUUAGAGGAGGUAUUAAAAAGAUGGCUUCAGCUCGAAGUGGUUAUGCACCAAUGUUGGUUCAACUUUUUUGCUAUAUAGAUCUUAUUUCAAGCCUCAGUACUUGUCAUCCACCUUAUAUUGAACAAUCAGCCCAAAAUGACAAUUGUCAAACAAGCGAACUGACUAUAAGUGAAAAGAUAGAAAUAGAAUCUCAUGUUUAUGAUCAAGAAGAGGUCACAGAGAUUUUGAACAGCAAGUUUGGCUUCAGAUUUGGUAUUGCUGGUGAAAUAUUCAAAAUUUUGGGCAAUAUUUCAACUUUGGCCUCGUUACGUAAAUCGAGGCAUGACGGCGAAGAUCAAGAGAGACAAUUUCAAAUAAUGGCGGAUGAUAUCGAGAUGAAACUACAAGACUGGGAAUUACCAACCACAAUGAACUUCAAUGAUGUUUCAGAUGUCCAGAUGUCUCAAUAUGCCAUGGCUUUACAAUGGGCUGCUUUUUUAAGAUUGCAUCAAAUCAAAGAUGGUUACAACCGUCAAGACAUAAGAGUUAAAGUGUGUCUUUCUACUAUCCUAAGAGCUGUCAAAUUGAUCCCAGAGAAGUCAAACUUGGAAAGUAGUUUAAUGUUUCCGUUGAUACUAGCUGGUUCUGUAGCGAUAACAAAAACUGAUCGAGAUUUUAUCAUUUCAAGGGUCAGAUCUAUAAAGAAAAGAUUGAAGUUCCACUAUAUUGAAGAGUUUGAACGAAUGUUGUUGUACAUUUGGAGUAGAGAUAAUAAGGAAGGAAAUUUUGUUAAUUGGGCUGCUGUCAGAUACUAUCAAUUUCCUGGUUUGGUUAUGUUUUGA